GUCAGCAGUCAUAGUCCUUUUUAACUGUAAUGUCUGAAAUCUAGUAAGACGUGUGCUCUUGCAGGCCGAUUUAUCUGAAAUUCUUAAUGUUUUUGGAAUAAUGGCAGAUUCUGAGGUUUUGAAGAAGUUAAAGGAUAUUCCGUUUAAAAUACAAACCGCAAGUUUAAAAGAAAGACGUGAUGUUCUUAAAGAAAUAGAAAAUGUUUUAUCAACUCCGGGUAUAACAGAGCCAGCUGUACGCUAUGUCUGUCGGGUGUUAUUGCUCACCCUAAACCGCUACAGGGACUCCACUUCCCAGCACUAUGUUAAAAAUCUGCUGGUGUAUCUUGGAACUGAACACAGAGAAUGGACUCUAAAGAAUCUCUUGCCAGCUUUGCUGGAAGUAUCUGAAAAUUUGAAAUGUUUAGCACCAUCCAAAAGCACCAGUCAAACUGGCCUAUAUGCACUACGUUGGACAACAAUUUUAGUGGAGGGCUCCCUCAAGGCACCUGAAGAUGCCCUGGACUAUAAGACGCUUGUGCUCACACAGGCCUACCUGUUGACCGCGGUCACUGCCUUUGGUGACAAGAAAAAGAAUGAAAAAGGAUAUUCUAUGUUGCACAAUAUCUGGAAGGCGAUGGGAAAUGAAAAAAGUCAAAAAUGGUUAAAUGUUCUGCUGUCACAAGCACCCGACUCCGGCCCAUAUUUGUGUGUCACAUUUUCAGCAUUUUGUCGUCACGCUAAGGAGAUCAAUGAUAAGACACUUAUCUCUAGUCACAAGGCAAAGAUGCUGGAUAGUUUUAUUAAAAGCCUCAUAAGCGUUAAGGCUCGGCCCAACGCCAAUUUCAUCCAAGGUUCCUAUGACUUGCUGCAUUUAAUGCAAGCUCUAGACGUCCAGGAAGUACUGCUACCUGCUUUGCAAAAGGCCAUGCUCAGGAGCCCAGAAACCAUAGUGGAAGCUGUGGGGGUGGUGAUUGCUAAUCUAGAUGUUUUUGUUGAUGGGGUAGCCGUUGACAUCGGCAAGAGUUUGAUUGUGAACCUGCAUUCGCGUGACGCGUGGGUGCGCAGCGGUGCGGAGGGCGCACUGCGAGCACUCGCCGGCUGCAUCGCCGCGCCGGCCGCCGCUAAAGCGCUGCUGGCGCACGCCUUCGCGCACUACAACGGGGCCAACGGCAAGCUCAGCUCCAGCGAGGACAAGAUCGCCGUACUUAAUGGUGUGGGCACACUGCACCAGUUGGCCGUGAUCCCCGAGGAGCGCCGCAAGCUGUUCGACGACGUCGCCGUGCAGAUCGCGCGCGUGCUCGACAGCGAGUCGCACGAGCGCACACUCUGCGUCGCGCUCGACGUCCUCUACCUCUGGACCAUCAGCCUCAACACCCUGCUGCCCGAGAAGAUCUUGCAGAUAUACAUGAAGGGGUUGUCGGCGAAGAGUACGACGCAGGUGGUGCGCAUCGCCUACACGUCGCUAGUGUCGCGGGUGCUGCGGCGCGGGCCGGUGCACGCGGACGUGCUGCGGCCCGCGCUGCUGGCCGCCGUCGAGCGCGCCGCGCAGCAGCCGCUGCAGAACCUGGUGGUGAGCGAGGGCAUCAGCGCGAUGGCGGCGCUGGCGCAGCUGGACGUGGACGGCGAGCUGCCGGCGCAGGGCGCAGUGUGGGCGGCGCUCACGCAUCCACAGAAGCACGUGCUGCUCCACGAGCGCAUCCUCGCCGCCGCCACUGACGAUGUCCUAAUACAGGUGGUGUUACUAUGCAGAACUGUAUUGGAAAAGUACGACAGUGUUGCCAGUGAUGAAACUUCGCCGGUGAUGAGGGCUUUCAUAAUGGUCCUUUUGUCCCCGACGAAGACGGUUCGCUCGGUCGCUUUACAAGAGGCUAAAGCGCUGCUCGCCAAUCCAGAUAAAGCUUCCUUGGCAAAGAAUUUAGUUUCGAAAUUGAAUGAAGUACUAGACGAAGGAAAAAUAUUUGCCGUUAAGGAGAAGACGCCGCCGGAAGAGAAGCCCGAUGUAACAGGAAAGAUGAUACUGGACUGUGUACACGUGCUGUGCUCUUAUAAAGAGUACAGACAAGAUGAGCUAGAAAAGUUGGCGCUUGAGGCACUGCCAAGUUGCCACCAGCCGUUGGUAACAGGUGUCGCCCCCCGCGCCUGGCUACGCCUGUUGGCCUAUUUGGGUCUCGACCCAUCACGUCUCGUCGCUACUCACUCCACGCGCCUCAAGAGCGUCUACAUCACCAACUUCACUCCCACAGAGACAAUGCGCGGUGUGUUGGCAACACUAUCGUCCUGUAGUCCUGAAGUACUGGGUGGUGCGGCGCUACGGGUGGUGCUGGACACGCUGCAACGGAACGACCUGCUGGCCGUUACUCGGGACGACUACUUCGUGUACCUGACGCCGCCUGGCCUGCUCUACGACAAGAGCGUCGUGCCGGGAAACGAGGACAGCAGAGAAAUGAACCUCAAGCGUGAAAGCAAGGCGUACAGCUACAAGGAACAGCUGGAAGAGCUACAGCUGCGCCGCGAGCUUGAAGAGAAGCGGCGCCAAGAGGGAAAGAUCAAGGAGGUUCAGUUGACAGCGAAGCAAAAGGAGGCCAUAAAGAAUCAACUUGCUAAGGAGAAUGCCAUUCGAGAACGACUCACUGCUUUGAACGCUUGCGUGGAGAAGGCGGUGGCGCUAGUGGAGGCGGUCGGCGCGGGGUCUGCGGCGGCGCUGGGCGUGCAGGCGCGGCGCGUGCUGCGGGCCAUGCUGGGCGCGCUGGGCUCCCCGCUGGCGGCGCCGCGCCUGGCGCCCGCCUACCACCGCCUGCGCACCGCGCUGCUGCCCAGGCACCCGCGGCUGGCCGACCACGUGGCGCGCGUCACGCUCAGGCUCCACAAGCCGCAGUGCGACCUGGACCGCAGCUGGGAGCAAGAGGACCUGUCGCGCGCCACGCUGCGCACCAUCAACAUGGUGUACGCGGCCACCGUCCCUACCACUACCACUAUCACGACGAGCCAGGACGACGAAGACGAUGAACACUCCUUCAGCAUUGACCAGCCCUCCACGACUGAACACUUAACCGCUGCCGGGUUCUGCUAUGUGUUCCCUCUGUUCAAGCAAGGGCUGACCCGCAGCAGCACGCGGCUGGACGAGGCGACGACGGCGCGCGCGCUGGCGGUCGUGUCGCAGCACGCAGCCCUGCGCGGCGACUGCUCCGGCCCGCUGCACGACCCGCUGCACCCGCAGCUCUUCCCCAUCGACCAGAUGUUCCGCCUGCUCAUCGACCUCGUCGGCACCUGCGGGGGGCGCGUGAUGGCGGCCUGCACGGUGGCGCUGCUGGAGACGGCCAGCUGCGCCGCGCGGGCUCCGAUGUUCUACGAUGACGUGCUGUGCCUGCUGGACGGCUUGCAGAGCCCGUUGCCGGUGGUGCGCGACGCGGCGCUGCGCGCGCUGCGGCUGGUGGCGGCGCGCCUGCCGCCCUUCCUGGAGGACCCGCAGCACGCGCUGGCGCUCGCCGUGCGCCUCUACGUCGCCACCUUCGACGUGCGCGAGGACAACAGGUCGCUGGCGCAGGAGUUGUGGGCGGAGCUGCCGCGCGCGGGCGAGUGGGUGGAGGGCGCGCCCGAGGAGCUGCAGGAGCUGCUGCUGCAGCAGGUGCAGCACCCGGCUGACGACAUCCAGCUGGCCGCCGCCUCCGCGCUCACGGCGCUGGUGGGGCGCGCGCCCGACCCGGCCGCCGCCGCCGACCGCGUGCUGCAGAGCCUGCACGAGAUAUACGAAGAGCGGCUGCCGCUGACGCCGGCCGUUCUGGACGCGUUCGGGCACGAGACGGCGGCGGCGGUGGACGCGUGGGGCGCGCGGCGCGGCGUGGCGCUGGCGCUGAGCGCGCUGGCGCCGCGCCUGGCGCCCGGCGCCGUGCCCGCCGCCAUGGCCUUCUUCGUGCGCCGCGCGCUCUGCGACCGCAGCGACGCCGUGCGCGACGCCAUGCUGGCCGCGGCCAUGGCGCUCGUCGAGCUGCACGGGAAGGAGACGCUGAGCACGCAGCUGCCGGUGUUCGAGCAGUUCCUGGACACGGCGCCCAAGUCGGGCGGCUACGACGCGGUGCGCCAGUGCGUGGUGCUGCUGGUGGGCUCGCUGGCGCGCCACCUGGCGCCCGACGACGCGCGCGUGCGCCCCAUCACGCUGCGGCUCAUCUCCGCGCUCUCCACGCCCAGCCAGCAGGUGCAAGAAGCAGUCGGUAACUGUCUGCCACACUUGGUGACGUCCCCUGCGCUGGAGGCGGACAUCCCCUCUAUCGUCACUAAGCUCCUCAAGCAGCUACUCACCGCUGAGAAGUACGGAGACAGGAAGGGUGCCGCAUAUGGAAUAGCUGGUAUUAUCAAAGGCCUCGGCAUUCUGUCGCUCAAACAGUUGGAUGUGAUGGGCAAGCUCACUGAUGCCAUACAAGAGAAAAAGAACUACAAGUAUAGAGAAGGCGCGCUGUUCGGCUUCGAGAUGCUGUGCGCCAAGCUGGGCCGCCUGUUCGAGCCGUACAUCGUGCACGUGCUGCCGCACCUGCUGCUGUGCUUCGGCGACCCGUCGCAGUACGUGCGCGCCGCCGCCGACGACACCGCCAAGCUCAUCAUGAGCCGCCUGUCGGCGCACGGCGUCAAGCUGGUGCUGCCCUCGCUGCUGCAGGCGCUGCAGGACGACAACUGGCGCACCAAGGCCGGUUCCAUCGAGCUGCUGGGUGCCAUGGCGUACUGCGCGCCAAAGCAACUGUCGUCGUGCCUGCCGUCCAUCGUGCCCAAGCUCAUCGAGGUGCUGAGCGACUCGCACAUGCGCGUGCAGGAGGCCGGCGCCGAGGCGCUCAAGGUCAUCGGCUCAGUCAUCCGGAACCCCGAGAUCCAGGCAAUCGUGCCCGUGCUGCUGCAGGCGCUGCAGGACCCGUCCAACAAGACGUCGCUGUGCCUGCAGACGCUGCUGGACACGAAGUUCGUGCACUUCAUCGACGCGCCGUCGCUGGCGCUCAUCAUGCCCGUGGUGGAGCGCGCCUUCCUGGACCGCAGCACCGAGACCCGCAAGAUGGCGGCGCAGAUCAUCGGCAACAUGUACUCGCUCACCGACCAGAAGGACCUGCUGCCCUACCUGCCCAGCAUCAUGCCGGGCCUCAAGAGCUCGCUACUCGAUCCCGUGCCAGAGGUGCGCUCGGUGUCGGCGCGCGCGCUGGGCGCCAUGGUGCGCGGCAUGGGCGAGAGCAGCUUCGAGGAACUGCUACCGUGGCUCAUGCACACGCUCACCUCGGAGACCAGCUCCGUGGACCGCUCGGGCGCCGCGCAGGGCCUGUCCGAGGUCGUGGCCGGCCUGGGCAGCGAGAAGCUGCACAUGAUCAUGCCAGAUAUCAUCGCAACGGCGGAGCGCGCUGACAUCGCGCCGCACGUAAAGGACGGCUACAUUAUGAUGUUCAUCUACAUGCCGGGCGCCUUCACCGACGAGUUCACGCCCUACAUCGGCCAGAUCAUCACUCCCAUCCUCAAGGCGCUGGCGGACGAGAACGAGUACGUGCGCGAGACGGCGCUCAAGGCGGGCCAGAGGAUCGUCAACUUGUACGCGGAAUCCGCCAUCACGCUGCUGCUCCCGGAACUAGAACGCGGCUUGUUCGACGACAACUGGCGCAUCCGGUACAGCUCUGUUCAGCUUCUCGGAGAUCUCCUGUAUCGCAUAUCCGGCGUGUCCGGCAAGAUGAGCACGGAGACUGCAUCCGAAGAUGACAACUUCGGUACCGAACACUCGCACAAGGCGAUCAUAAACGCGCUCGGACCGGAGAGGCGGAACCGAGUGCUGGCGGGGCUCUACAUGGGCAGGAGCGACGUGGCGCUCAUGGUCAGGCAGGCGGCCCUGCACGUCUGGAAGGUGGUCGUAACGAACACGCCCAAGACACUCCGGGAAAUUCUACCCACGCUGUUCAACUUGCUGCUGGGCUGCCUGGCGUCCACCAGCUACGACAAGCGGCAGGUGGCGGCGCGCACUCUGGGCGACCUGGUCCGCAAGCUGGGCGAGCGCGUGCUGCCCGACAUCGUGCCCAUCCUGGAGCGCGGCCUGCGCUCCGAGCGCGCCGACCAGCGCCAGGGCGUGUGCAUCGGGCUGGGCGAGAUCCUGGCGUCCACGUCGCGCGACGCCGUGCUGGGCUUCGCGGACGGGCUCGUGCCCACCGUGCGCACCGCGCUGUGCGACGAGCUGCCCGAGGUGCGCGCGGCCGCCGCACGCGCCUUCGACUCGCUGCACGCCACCAUCGGCAACAAGGCGCUGGACGACAUCCUGCCGCCCAUGCUGGACGCGCUGCGCGACCCCGACCCCGCCGUGGCGGAGGCCGCGCUCGACGGCCUCAAGCAGGUGAUGGCGAUCAAGUCGCGCGCGGUGCUGCCGUACCUGGUGCCGGUGCUGACGGGCGCGGGCGGCGCGCCGGCCGACACGCGCGCGCUGUCCGCGCUGGCGGCGGCGGCGGGCGGCGCGCUCACGCGCCACCUGCCGCGCGUGCUGCCGGCGCUGCUGGCGGCGCUGGAGGCGGCGCGCGGCUCGCCGCACGAGGCGCGCGAGCUGGAGUACUGCCGCGACGCGCUGCUGCCCGUGCUCGACGACGCGGGCGUGCGAUGCAUCAUCGACACGCUGCUGGAGAGCGUGCGCGCGGCGGGCGGCGCGGGGGCGGGCGGGGCGCGGCGGCGCGCGGCCGCGGUGCUGCUGUGCGCCUUCGUGACGCACUCGCGCGCCGACCUGGUGCCGCACGUGCCGGCGCUGCUGCGCGGCCUGCUGCUGCUGUUCGCCGAGCGCGAGCGCGACGUGCUGCUCACGGCCUGGGAGGCGCUGGCGGCGCUCACGCGCACGCUGGAGGCGGAGAAGCAGCUGGGCUACGUGUCCGAGGUGCGCCAGGCGGUGCGCUACGCGGCCGCGGACCUCAAGGGCGAGCCGCUGCCCGGCUUCUGUCUGCCUAAGGGUAUAGCACCGAUUUUACCACUGUUCCGAGAGGCCAUCCUCAACGGUCUGCCGGAAGAGAAGGAGAACGCCGCCUUGAUGUUGGGCGAGGUCAUCAAGCUGACGACGGCUGCCGCCAUCCAGCCCUCUGUAGUGCACAUCACCGGACCGCUCAUUCGUAUUCUUGGUGAUCGGUUCAGUGCCAACGUCAAGGCCGCCGUCUUGGAGACGCUCGCUCUCUUGCUGUCUAAGGUCGGCGUAAUACUAAAACAAUUUUUGCCGCAAUUACAAACGACAUUCAUCAAAGGGUUGAGCGAUCCGAAUCGAUCCGUACGCAUUAAGGCCGGCCUUGCCCUCUCUCAGCUCGUAUUAAUUCACACCCGCGCCGACCCGCUGUUCCUGGAGGUGCACAACGGCGUCAAGAACGCCGAAGAUCUGACCGUCAAAGAAACGAUGCUGCAAGCUCUGAGAAGCGUCAUCACAAACGGCGGAGACAAGAUGUCGGAGCAGCUCGCGCUCACGGUGCUGGCCAUGCUGACGUGCCCCGCGCUGCUGGCGCACCCCGAGGACCCGCCCCGCAGCGGCGCCGGGGGCUGCCUGGGCGCGCUGCUGCACUGCCUCGCCCCGGCGCACCGCGACGCCGCACUGCUGCACCACGUGCUGGCUGCCGGCAACCCCAUCCAGAGCGCCGCCACUGAGGACUGGCUGCUGACCCACGGCCGCUCCUGCGCGCUCUUCGUGGCCCUCAAGGAGACCCCCGACCAGGUGUACCGGGAUCACUUCGAAGAGAAGAUAGACAAAGCGCUGCUCGGCUACCUCGCCAGCGACAAGAUCCCCAUCGUGUGCAACGGCAUCCGAGGCAUCGGCUACUUGAUCCGCUACCUACUCGAGAAGGAUAGGCCCGUGCCCCCCAAUAUACUCUCUCAAUUUGUUAGGAGCAUGAACCACAGCAGCAACGAGGUGAAGCAGCUGAUGGCGCGCGCGUGCACGCUGGUGGGGCGCGCGGGCGCGCUGGACGUGCGCGGGGCGGGCGCCGACGUGCUGCGCGCGCUGCUGCCGGCGCUGGUCAACGGCACCAAGGAGAAGAACACCUACGUGCGCGCCAACUCGGAGAUCGCUCUGCGCGCCGUCCUACGCCUGCCGCAGGACGACACCUUCCACCAGCAAUGCAUGGCGCUGCUGGAGGAGGGCAUGCGCGAGGCGCUGGGUGACGUGGUGUCGCGCGUGCUGCGGCGCGCCGGGCACGACGGCCGGGACGAGGAGCUCGACUGCACGCUCGUCACCUGAGCUGCGCGCGCAAUAUAUGUUCUAUGUUAUGUGUGCCCGGUGUUUCAUUUGUAAUCGUACCUUCCCUAAAUAAAUAACUCGAGUAGAUUAUUGUACCUUCCCUAAUAAAUAGACUAGCCCGUUGGCACAGCUCUCUGUCUGUGACCCUGAUCUCUGCUUUAGGGGUGUGGUUUCGUUAAGUCGAGUAUGUAUUUUUAUAUAAUUAAGUUCUAUUUAUAGAAACAUUUAUCAUCUAUGAAAAAAGUUAUGUAUCAACUUGUUACCUAAAACAGGCAUUUCGUUGUCUAUAUUGGCAACCGCUGACUGUAUGUUAAAUAUAUUUAUUUAUUUCAAAAAUAAAUUUACGUUUACUUACCGC